AUGAGCGUCGUCGACGUGAUGGCGGGAGGCAGCGGCGGCAGCGGGACUGGUGCUGCUGCUACUAGCGCCCCCAACAGCGACCCGAGUCAGCAGCAGCCUGGGCUGGAGCACCCUCACCAGGGAGGAGGAGCCCAGGGAGCCCAGGGGUCGCUGGCGGCGCUGGGGCCAGCAAUCCAGAUGGGCCGCGCCGCCGAGGGAGGAGGGAGCAGGACCCUCCACCAGGUGAGCCAGCAGCAGCAGCAGCAGCAGAACCGCCAGGGCCAACAACAACAUCUGCAGAUCCACCAUCGUCGACAGCCCACGCCGGCCAUCAACUUUGCCGACGCCCCCAUCUUUCCGAGCCAUCAACCACCACCGCCGUCGCACCAGCAGCAACAGUCGCAGCAACACCAGCAGAUCCAGCAGAUCCAGCAGCAGCAGCAGCAGCAGCAGCAGCAGCAGCAGCAGCAGCAGCAGCAGCAGCACCAACAGCCCCGUCCGUACCCAUCCCAGCAAUUCCACCAACAAUCCGCCGCCCUCCCCAACGCCGCCUCUUCCCAGCAGCAGCAGCAACAACAACCGUCGCAGUUCCAGCAAUACAACCUCCAGCAACAGCAACAGCAACAGCAACAGCAGCAGCAGCAGCAGCCGUCGCCGCAGUACCAGCAAGCCAUGAACGGCGUCAACGGCGGCGCCAACAUGGCCGCCAUGCCCGCCCCCGCGCCCACGCCCGCCGGCCACCAGGCCGAGCUCAACUACAUCUACGGCAUGGUCGAGGAGCUGAGCCGCCAGCUCGCCGACAACAGGCGCGUCACCGAGGACAUUGUCAGCGGCCUCGGCCGGGUGCGCAGCCGCGCCCGCUCCCACGGCCUCGCCAACGAUGACCUGAUGGCCGCCGCCGCCGACGACCUCGAGGUCGACAGCCAGAACCUCGACGCCCUCGUCUCCAUCCUCUCCGAGGCCCUCGAAAAGGCCAACCACUCGCGCGACCAAAACGCCGCCCUCCUCUCCCAGUACGCCAGCGCCCUCGCCCUCAUGCUCCGCCAGUUCCACGAGUACAAGGCCAAGCACGUCGCCGACGUGGCCGCCUGGCACCGCUCCUACCGCGCCCAGCUCGACGAGGCCCGCCGCGAGAACAGCCGCCUGCGCGAGCAGAUGUGGGAGAUGCAGGCGCACGCCCGCGCCGCCAACGACUCCCUGCGCGGCUUCCGCCGCCGCUGGGACGAGGACGAGGCCCGCUGGGCCGCCCGCGUCGACGCCGUCGCCGCCCGCCAGGAGGUGCGCUUCUGGAAGCGCAUGGCCAUGCCCGAGCUCGACGACGACGACCCCUACUGGAGCGGCGACGACGACGUUGUCGACAUUACGGAGAAGGAGCGCGUCGCCGAGAUGGAGCGCAGGGCUGCCCAGGAGCAGAUGAUGGAUGGGCGCGUCGACGACGACGAGGAAGCCAUGAUGGGAGGAGGCGACGGCGGCCCUGGCGCCGAGAGCCAGCCGCCGUUGCCGCACCUCGCCAUGCUGGGCGGCAUCGCCAUGCAGAGAGACGAGCCCGCGCCGAGGGCCGUUCCCAUGCCCCCGCCGCGGCCACUGAGCGCGGCAUCGAGCACAGGGUCGACGGGACAGUAG